AUGGCCUCACUCAUGGCCAUCGCAGACAAGUACGCGCUGGCUGAGGAAGCUGUCAAGGCUCCGGCUGAAGCUUCGCUGGCUCCGUCCAGGCGGGACAACCACAGACCAGCCGAGAACAAGCCAGCCGAGGGCACCUCUCAUGGUCGCGUAUUAUCCCCGUCCCCGCUCGUCCCCGUCCGAAUCCAGACUGCACGCAAGCGACGGCGGCGAGGGAAGCGGCGGCGAGCGGCGAGCGGAGAGGCGGCGAGAGGAGCAGCGGCAAGAACUGCAGGAGGGGCUGGAGAGGCAGAGAACCUUGCCGGCGAACACAAGGAUGGAUCCCGCCUAGCCGCUUCACAUCAGAUCGCCACCGUUUUUGGUAUCUCACCGGCGACGCCACCUCCCGCCGGUCAUGUACUCCGGUCUGCAUCCUCCCAGGUUCCGUUUUCCAAAAGCUUCCGCAGCCACCGCUACCGUCUAGUAUGGCACAUAUUGCUGCAGUUUCUACCACCGAUGGCACUUGAGAUGUUUGCUCGCUUCGAUGUUGGUCUAAAGACUGGGUUUGUUGUUGAUUGGUGUAACUUGUUACAACAUUUUGUAGUGUCAUGGUUGGUCAGAAUUUGGAAUAUUGCCAUGUUCUACUGUCGGUAAUGAGAAUUGUGACAGCAUGAGUUUCUUUUGCAGGAGUCUUACUUUAUUUAGUCUUAGCACAAACAUAUGUAUCCUGGGUUCUGAACUAUCAAUGUCACUGCCGUGUUGGACCUGGUAUUAGACCUGAUACGCAUGGAUAGUCACAAUGACAUAAAGGUUAUCAAAACCUCAUAUAAGUUUUAGUUCA